UAUGUCAUUCGGUGUCGCGUCCGAGCGAGGGGAACAAAGAUGGCUAUGGCUCUAUCCGCCAUUUUCUAAAGUGAGAUAGACUAAAGUGUUUUUCGUGAAAAUAGCAUGUUUGAGGCGGAAAAGCGCAAUAUUUCCGUGGAAAAGUGUUAAAAUCCGGUCGAAGAACAUAGUUUUGGGGCUGUGGCGAUGCGUCGCAUUGAAAAUUAGUGUUUUUUCCGGUGUUGAAAAUCGGCGUCUCUGUGGAAACAGCGCCGUGUGAGAGUAAAGUUACGUCACCACUCAACCGUCACAAUGUUCGACCCCAACGCCAUCACCACCCAGCAGUCGCAAAUCCAAUACCAACAGCCCCAACCCACCGACAAGGACAAGACCCAGGAGACCCAAAAGGACACUUUCCCGUCAUUUUGCUACGCCAACGUCAACAUGAUCCACAAAAUCACCCCAAACACCACCCAACCGCACAACUCCACCGUCAACAUGUCCCAACUUUCCGACGACAAAUGCUACAUCACCCAACCCUUCUCCUACAACUACGCCCUGGUCAACCAAAUGUCCCUCACUCAGAACACCAUCUCGAAUAUAACGUUCAAAUGCGACGUCUGCGGCCUGAUGUUCGCGCACUUGUCGCUCCUCAACCACCACAAGCGCGUGCACCAGACCCAGGGCGACCAACCCCAGCAGCAGAUCACCGUCCAGGUCCAGCAACCCCAACAGCCAACCCAGAUCCAGAUCGUGUCGGCCGAUCGCAUCCGAUUUCCAUGCGAGGAGUGCGGACUCACUUUCAACACUCAAAACGAUCUCAAAUCACACAAAAUCCAGACGCAUCAGCCGCAGCCCCAGCCUCAAAACACCCUCAAAAUUAAAAAUUGCGAAUCGUGCGGAGCCCCCCUACCACAAGACAAUAACAAAAAACGAGCUGUUAUGAAAGUUAAAUGCGAGAAUUGUCUCUCGGCCGAAGCAAUACAGCCCCAGAUUUUCGUCGUCGCGACAGCGAGUGACUCAAACGUCAAGUUUGAGGAGUCGACAGGGACACAAACAACCAAUCAGAGUAAUCUAGGCACGCAAAACUCGAUUCCCAUUGGUGUUAAAAAUAAUCAUCCGGUGAAGAGGCGGGGCGUUGCGAGUGUCACAAAAUGUACCAAAUGUAACGGAAGUGGUAUUAUUUUCAUCGGCGGGUCCAAAAACCAACAAAACAAUGUCGAUAAACCGUUUCAUUGCAACAUCUGCAAUGGCUCCUUCAGUCGUUACUCUUCCCUUUGGUCGCACAAACGCCUCCACACCGGCGAAAAAAACUUCAAAUGUAACAUUUGUGGUUUGGCGUUCGCCAAAGCCGCCUAUCUCAAAAACCAUUCACGCAUCCAUACCGGGGAAAAACCGUACCGGUGCAAUGUUUGCGGUAUGCAAUUUUCACAAUCCCCGCAUUUGAAAAACCACGAACGGAUACAUUCGGGGGAACGACCGUAUGUGUGUGAAGUGUGCGAAAAAUCGUUCGCACGUCAUUCUACGUUAUGGAACCAUCGGAGGAUUCACACGGGGGAAAAACCCUACCGAUGCGACAUCUGUGGCUCGUGUUUCAACCAAGCCACGCAUUUGAAAAACCACGCCAAGGUGCAUUCGGGCGAAAAGCCGUUCAAGUGUGAUAUUUGCUCUGUGGGGUUCUCAGACAGAUUUGCGCUCAAGCGGCAUAGGAACAUCCAUGAGAAAUACGGCAGGACCAAGCCUAACCCCCCUCCAGCUUCCACAACCGAUGAUACUCAGACAAAUAAUACGACAACUGACUCUUCGAAUACUACGACUGUUACGACAGUCGCAACAGCGACGCAAGACGCAAACGAACACGAAGAACUUUUAGAAACGAAAUAUGAGGAAAAAUUCGUGCCCUCUGAUGAAAUCACUGAAGAAAUGACCGACAUCUCCGAACUACAAGUCCAAUUAUCCUAAAUGAUUAAGUAUUAUUACUUGGCUUUUUGUAUAUAUUCUUCCGUUUAGUAUAGAGUUUACGCAAUUAAUUUUUAUUUGAUAUUUUUAUGACAUCAGCUUCGUUAUCAUGAAAUAGGAUGCUAUAGGUAGGACUAGAAUAACAAGAGAAAAAUAAUUUUAUUGCCAUUUUGUUGUUACGAUGAUUUUUUGACUGCGCUUUGCCCUCCAUUAUUUGUUAGUGGUUACUUUACAGUAAUAAAUGCUCAAAGUAU